AUGACGGAAAUCAAGCUCGCAGAUUACCUCUUCACCCGGCUUCGCCAGCUGGGUGUCGACUCCAUGUUUGGCGUCCCCGGGGAUUACAACCUUCGCCUCUUGGAUUUCGUCACCCCCGCCGGCCUCCAUUGGGUAGGCAACUGCAACGAGCUCAAUGCAGCGUAUGCAGCAGAUGGCUACGGCCGGAUCAAGGGCCUGGCCGCGCUGAUCACUACCUAUGGAGUCGGCGAGCUGUCUGCUCUAAACGGCAUUGCUGGGGCCUAUGCUGAAAAUACACCCGUCGUGCAUAUUGUCGGAACACCUCCGCGCCCGCUCCAAGCUAACCGGACAUUCAUGCACCAUACCUUCUCGGAUGGCGACUAUCGGCGUUUUGCCAACAUGUCUAUCCACAUCACCGCAGCCCAGACCAGGCUGACGGAUGCUGCCACUGCGCCAGAGAGGAUCGACUAUAUCCUACAGCAGGCGUUGAUCCAUAGCCGUCCGGUCUAUCUCGAACUUCCGGAUGAUAUGCCCGACGUGAAAGUGUCCGCUGCCAAUUUAGAGACAAGAAUUCGAAUUCCAGAGCCUCCCAGCUCAACCCAAGAGCCUCAGGUGCUCGCUCAAAUCCUCGAGCGUAUCUACAGUGCCCAACGGCCCUUCAUCUUCGUCGAUGGAGAAAGCACGGCUCUCGGCAUCGUCGAGCAACUCGAUGCUCUGAUCAAAGCAACUGGCUGGCCAACAUGGACAACCGUCUAUGGAAAGGGUCUCGUCAACGAGCAACUCCCCAAUGCCCACGGACUAUACGCCGGGGCAUUCGGCGACAAGCCAACACAGACAUACUUCGAAGAAGCAGACCUCGUCCUCACAUUUGGGCCGCACAACAGCGACACAAACAGCUACUUUUACACAACGAUCGCCAAGCCCUCAGUCGCAAUCACCUUCUCAGGCACGACUGUCAAGAUCAACAACGAUACAUUCUACGACAUGUCCGCGCGUAAUCUCCUCUCAAACCUCCUACAGAGCCUCGAUUCCACACGCCUCGUCAAGGCAUCUGCACCGCCGAAAACAGAGCUCUCAGUGGCAAAUAUCCAAGAUGAUGACCCAAUCGCCCAAGCCAACUUCUACCCCCUCGUGAACCCCCUCUUCCGAGAUGGCGACAUCAUCCUAACCGAGACCGGCACUGCCGCCCACGGAGGCCGCAACUUCAAAUUGCCCACUGGCUCGCGACUCUUCGGUGCAGUGACCUGGCUCUCCAUUGGGUUCAUGCUCCCCGCGACACUAGGCACAGCCCUGGCGCAACGGGAGGUGAACAAUGAUACCUCAAAGAGCCAAACCAUUCUCUUCAUUGGUGACGGCAGUCUUCAAAUGACGGCGCAAGAGAUAAGUGUCAUGAUCCGCGAGAAACUCAACAUCGUAAUCUUCAUUAUCAACAAUGACGGAUACACGAUUGAGCGGGUGAUCCACGGCCGGAAAGAGAAAUAUAAUGAUGUUCCUUUCUGGCGACACGCACAGGCUCUCAGUUAUUUCGGUGCCGACGAAGAACAUGUGGCCAAGAACACCUUCACUGCGCGGACGUGUGGUGAGUUGAAGGAGGUGCUUGGGCAUGAGAACAUCACGAAUGGAAGUGGUGUUAGACUGGUAGAGGUGUUCAUGGGACGCGAGGAUGUGCAGGGCGCACUGCUGUAUCUACUCAACAAGCAGCUUGCCCAGGAAGCCGAGCAGAAGUGA